GCCUUUACACCAGGCGCGCGACUGCAGUGGGGGGUGGCGAGGUGAUUGUUUCGGCGAGCUCCCAAAACAGUCAGAAAAAAAGGAACCAUGAGAAUUUGCGGUCCCAAAUUGUCCGUCUGUUGCUCCAUACUCAGCGUUUGGGGCAUCAUCAUGCUGGUUAUUCUUGGCAUAUUUCUGUUCACGCAUAGCGUGGCCUUCGCGGAAGAUUUGGCCAUCGAUGAGAAAUUGCCCAAAAUUGAAUUCUUGACGGAGAUCAACCGCAAGUAUACGCAAGCGGCGUACAACUGCUGGAUCGCGGCUUGCCUUUAUGUGGUUACGCUGGCUGUGUCCGUGCACCAAAUCUACAUGAACAGGCGUUGCAACUACUCCGUCUAGCUCCAGGCCAAGACGGAAGCAUUCCCCUACUGCAGCCGGCUGUCAGAGAUGUUUAGUCUCGUGUUGUUUCCCGUUGUUGCACAUACCCCGGAUCCGCUCCAGAGCCUAGUCUAUGCUGUAAAUAUGCACAAAUAAAUAUGUACAUAUUGUGG